AUGUAUCGGUGGCAGAAGCGAACCUGUCCGCCAGCUGGUCUGGCGGCCGGAUAUGUGCGUAUGCGUGCGUGCUUGGUGCUUGGUGAACGCCCAGCCGGCCCGCUUACCGGACAUCCAUUAGGACACCCAAGUGCAUUGUCCACAUCACAUCAGUGCGGAGCUCUCUCGCCUGCGGAAACCGACCUGGCCUUUGGCUCCAAAUUGGUCCACCCACCAACUAGCCAAUACUCUGCGACCGAGUGA